AUGUACAGGGCCACCGCAAAGGACGAUGCAGUUUGUGUUUUGCACAACUUGCGUAAUCUGUCGGAAGACAUGGAGAUGCUGGAAGACGCAGAGACGCUGGAAGACGUGGAGAUGCUGGAAGACGAGCAGAUGCUGGAAGCCCUGGAGAUGCUGGAAGACCUGGAGGUGUAGGAAGACGUGGAUUUUCUGGAAGACGUGGCUUAGCUAGAAGACGUGGAUUUUCUGGAAGACGUGGCUUUGUUGGAAGACAUGGAUUUUCAGGAAGACGUAAUUUUGUUGGAAGACCUGGGUAGGCUGGAAGACAUGAAUUUGAUGGAAGACACAGCUUUGUUGGAAGACAAGGGUUUGCUGGAAGACAUAGAUUUCCUGGAAGACAUGGAUUUUCUGGAAGCCAUGAAUUUUCUGGAAGACAUGAAUUUUCUGGAAGACUUGGAUAGGCUGGAAGACCUGAGGUCGUUGGAAGACAUGGAUUUCCUGGAAGACAUGGGUUUUCUGGAAGACGUGGAUUUUCAGGAAGACCCAAAUUGUCUGGAAGACCUGGGUUGUUUGGAAGACGUAGAUUUGCUGGAAGACUGGAGGUUACUGGAAGACAUGGAUUUUCUGGAAGACAUAUAUUUGCUGGAAGACUUGGAUUUAGUGGAAGACACGAAUUUUCUGGAAGACGUGGCAUUAUCGGAAGACCUGGACUUAGUGGAAGACAUAGAUUUUCUCUGGAAGACGUGGAUUGGCUGGAAGACUGGAUUUGGUGGAAGAUCUGGAUUUGGUGGAAGACGUAGAUGUUCCUGGAAGACACAGACUGAGUGGAAGACCUGGAUUUCUUUCUGGAAGACAUAAAUUAGCUGGAAGACCUGGAUUGACUGGAAGACUUGGAUUUGGCGGAAGACAGAUUUUUCUGGAAGACGUGGAUUAGCCGGAAGACCUUGAAAUUGUUGGAAGACGUGGAUUGUCUGGAAGACCUUGAAACCAUUGGAAGACAUGGAUUUUUCUGGAAGACAUGGAUUUUCCUGGAAGAUAUGGAUUUUGUGGAAGACCCGUAAUUGCUGGAAGACUGGAUUUACUGGAAGCCAUGGAUUGUCUGGAAGACGUGAAUUGUCUGGAAGACGUAGAUCUUCUGGAAGACCUUGAUGUUGUUGGAAGGCUUGAAAUUAGUUGGAAGACUUGGAGUUUCUGGAAGACCUGGUGUUGUAGGAAGACCUUGACACUGGCACCAGUCGAAACCCUGGACAUUGGAGACAUUGGAAGCACAGGAUGUUGGAGACAUUGGAAGCCUUGAAUUUUGAUGACAUUGGUUAUUCUGGACAUUGGAGACAUUGGAGGCCCUGAAUGUUAGAAUUCAUGGAUAUUGGAAGCCAUAGAUACUGGAAACACUGAACACUAAAGACAUUGCAAGUCCUGUAACUUGGAAUCCCUAAACAUUGGAAGAUAUGGACAAUAGAAGAUCUAGGUAUUUAGAAAUCCUAAAAUCAGAUGCCUUGGAUAUUGGGAGACAUUAGAAAACCUGGAUAUUGACAUAUUCAUGUUAAAAUGCAUAGAAUUUGGAAGAUGUAAUUUUCAUGAUGCUGAAAGUCAAGGCUGUUGGCAGCCCCGGACUUUAGACCUGGACACUAAGAGAUCAGGACAUUAAGAGACCUAGUCAUUCAGACAUUGGGGAUGUUAGAACACCUGAAUGUUGAAAGACCAGGUUCUUAAAGAUAUUGACUUGGACAUUGGAGGAACUGGUGAUAAGAAGACAUUGUAAAAUCAGGCUUUAGGAGACACUAAAAGUUGUAGGAACCGAAUGAUGUAAGUGCUAGAAGAUAUUGGAGCUAGACUUAGACAUAAUGAAACACAUAGACUCUAGAAGACCUAUAUAUAGGAGACAUUGGAGGAUUGGGAACAUAGAAUAAUUAGAAGUUAGAACUCUGAACCCUGAAAGACAAGACCUACAACUUAAAAAAUGAUUAUUGAAGAUAUUAGAAGAGCUAAACUUUUAAUGACCCCAAUAUUGAGGAGAUUAGAAAACACUGGCAUUGGAGAUGCUAUAGGCCAGAGAGUGGAAGCCAUGGAUGUUGUAAUAUUUAGAAGAUCUGGCAACUGGAGGUAUUGGACGCUAUGGAGCUCAGAAUACCUGAUGUUAGAGACAGUAAAGAACUGAAAAGCCUAAUCUUGGAACUAUUGGAAGGUUGUGUUGAAAGAUAUUGGCAAUGUUGAAAGACUUUCAUAUUACGACAUGAUAUGACAUUAAAAGACAUAUCAUAAGGCUACUCUACAGCGUCUCUUUCGCUAAGAAGCAAAACACAGGGAAAGGACAUCUUAGGAAGAUAACAAAGAGGAAGCAGGGAAAUUCAAGUAAAAGCAAGAAGUUUGAAUGGGUUGGAACUUAUCUUCGUAGUCUUAAUGAACUGGCCUUUGGGGUCUGUAUUGGUUGACAGGAUGGGAAUGAGGAAUUAUCAAAGAAUAAGCAAUAUAAAAAGCUAGGGGAACUACUUGGCUUUAGAUCAGAGGUCAGCAAAGGUUUUCUGUAAAGAAUCAGACAGUAAAUAUUUAAGAUUUUGCCGGCCAUACAGUUUCUGUGACAACUACUCAACUCUGCCAUUGACAAUACUGCCACAGACAAUACGUAAAUGAGUGGGCAUGGCCGUGUUGCAAUAAAACUUUAUUUUUUAAAAAAAUAGUUGGGCUAGAUUUAGCCCAAGGGCCUUAUAUUGCCAGGCCCAGCUCUACAUGCCAAAUCUGGGGUAUGGUAAACUUAAGUACAUUCCAGGCUAGCAUUCAUAUGCAAGAGAAUGGAUAGAACAAUUUGAAGCCCAGUGGCAAAUAAAGAUAUUAUGUAUGUGAUGAUACAGGAGUUGAGGAUGAUAAGAACCUAAGAAUGGAGUUUAUAUCUCUACUUAAUUGUUUCAGGGGCCCAAAGAAGAAGAUCUGUAUUCAGAGCAAAAAUUAAGGGGACAGUAUUCAGGGCCCCAGCCAAGGGGGCUAGAGUUCAGUGAGAAUGCCCUAAUUUAGUAGGCUGGAAGCUUAAGAAUAAAAUUAAAGAAGAAACUCACCCUUACAGACUGAGGUUUUCCUGCCAGGACUAAGCACCACUCAACCAAAGAGAGAGAGAAUCCCCAGCCCAGGACAGACAAGAAGUCAAUGGCAAAACCCUCACUCUAAGUCCCAUGUUCUUAUCAUUAUGGCAGUCA